AUAUUUUGCUCGCAUUUCAGAAUUCGCACCGUCGCAUAGGCACAUUCAGCUGAAUUACAAAAAUAUAAGUCUGUAAAUUGCGAUAAUCGAAGAUUUUUUUCUGAAUUAUUAUAAACUCCAGAAGCAUAUUUGGAAAAGAUAAAAGAAGAUUCCAUAAAAGUGAUCUUGAAAGCAGAAAAUAUGGCUUCAACAAAUGAAGGGCAAACUCUUUACCCAGACUUAUCCCCCGAGGGAGAAGCAGCCUCACUUCCUACUGAUGAAAAUGAAACUACCGAGCCGCCAAAGCCAGACCCUUCGGAUGAAUUGAGACAAGAAUUGAUUAAGACUGAGGAGGAAAUCAACACAUUGCGGCAAGUAUUACAAGCGAAGGAAGUUUACGCUGCAGAUUUACGAAAGAAACUUGGUCUCACUCCACUCAAUCAACUUUCACAAUCUUUCAAAGCAGAAUUAAACAAAGUCCAAAGUUCGAACGCGUACCAAUCCACAAGCCAAAAAGUUACAGAAUUGAAUGAAAAAAUAGUUCACUCUGACUAUUACAAGAAAACCUCGGAAACUCUGAAAUCAGCCGGACAAUCGACCGCUUCAGCAAUUUCGAGUCUCGGAAGUUCAAUGUCUCAAAAAUUAAGUGAAAUGAAGAAUUCACAAGCUUUCAAGUCAUUUGAAGAAAAAGUGGAAGGAGUUGGUUCCACCAUUAUGGCCAAGGUAUCCGGAACAGGAGUUGAGAAAAGUCCAGAAACAGCAGAAGAAGCAACUGAGAUCACCCCAGUUACUACACAACCCCACCAGAGCGAAAGCAACCCAACAACAGACCCCCCACCCCUGUGAAAAACUAGAUUAUAUCUACAUAACGGAGAUGCUACAAUCUGUUUAUUAUCUACUGCUACAUACAUAUUCUAAUAUCCAUUUUAUUUCAUUAAAUUCAGACUCUUAAUACAUAUAUAGACUUGCUUAGUUCUCAAAAAUGGCACAAAUAUUAGUCAGACCAAUUGGUAACAAAUAUUAGUCUCACAGGCGCUCCCGUAGUCUGUGAACCAAGAUGGCGGAUACCUGAACGUAGUAUGUGUACCAGGUUAGGGUUAGGCCAUAAUUUUAUUCCAAUUUUCCAUAUUUUAGUUCUAUUACGAGUUCGGGGACUAGUCAUGUGACUCCCGUAGUAGUUGUACCUGAAAUUAUGAUCUAACCCUAACAUGGUACACAUACUACGUUCCGAUGUCUGCCAUCUUAAUUCACAUUCUAUGGGAGUACCGUCUCAAGUACUUAAAAUGAUAGCUUUCUAUCUUCAAUAAUUCACAGCCCAACAAGGGUUCACAACUGAUAAAAAGGAAACAAUUUUCGGCACUCCGGAAGCAGAAGCGUGUGUACCAAUAUGGAGGUAACAAUUUUGUUCGCCUACUUUACAUCAAGUUGUGUAAAAGGACUGAAACCUAUGGGCAGGGGGAUAUUCACUUGGCUAACACAGAAAGUCUCCAAACUCUCAAUGGAACUGAAAUAAUGAAAAUCGGAAUAAAAAUAUGGCCUAAGCCUAACCUGGUACACACACUACAGGAGUACCCAAUUUUCAAAUAUUCAAAAUGUCUAUACCAGUGGUCCCGAAUCUUUUUCAUUAUAUUUCCUUACAUUGCUUAUUUCGAAACUCUUUAAUUCUUCUUACAGAAUGUAUAAGAAGAUAUAUAUUUAAUACAAUGUGCAACCUGCA